AUGGAGCUGGUGUUGGUGCAGUAUGAGUUUGAGUACAAGGCGAAGGACGGCCGCCUGGUGUCCAUCAAACCCAACGAGAGCUACAUCCUGCUGUCCAAGACUAAUGAGCACUGGUGGCACGUCCGUAAAGACCAGCACACCAGGCCCUUCUACGUCCCCGCUCAGUACGUGAAGGAGCUCGCUGGAGUGUGUCAAGUUCCUAACAAGCUGAAUAAAACUGAGACUGAAAACGCACCAGUGGAUGUGAGUAACGUGAAGCCACGGAAGGCGUGUCAUGGAUCAGCUCAGGAUGCUUCCAAAGAAACGUACCGCUUCUCUACUUUUGGUUUCUGUGACGACCUGCCGGACGUGAAGCCGUGUGAGACCCUGAAAGAGACCAGAAACAGUUUUUCACCCACUCUGGAUCGUAUGAAGCUGCACAAUUCAGCAGGAGGCUUCUCCCCUCCGAACUCUGCAGUCCUGGAGCUGUAUGCAAGACCUCAUCCUGUGCCAAAAGUCAGAGACGAACCGCCAGAAAGCUCAGUGAAGGAUGCUACAGCGGAACAGCCACAGAUCUGUGAGGAUGAGGAGGAUUUCAACUUCCCUCUACCCCCUCCACUCAUAUACGACACCAUACCAGAGAUAAAAAUCACAGAGUACGACGCUUUUUCUGAGCUGGACGAUCCUGUUCCUCCACCUGAUGUGUUCAUGUCGCAGCAGUGGAGUGUGAAUGAAGCUGUGAGAGCAGCUUCUCCCACUGCAGAGGUGGAGAAUGCAAACCUGCGGUCAGCCGUGUACGUGAACGUCGCUCAGCUUCGCCAGAGCAUCUCCGAGUCUCCCCCCUCGGCUCCCUCGUCCUACUCCCCCUCCUACCUCGACCCGGAGGGCUGGGAGGUGCACGUGGACCAGGACAGCGGUCAGGAGUUCUACUACCACCCCGCCACCGGCCAGACCACCUGGGACAGCCCCUUCCUGGACUCCCCCUCGGACCCGGAGCCUCCCCCAGCAGAGGAGCCCUUCACCCCCUCGCCUCCCCAGUCUCCGGCCCUCUCUCGGUCCACCGCCUCCCCCCCAGCCAGGGGCUCCGACUGGGAGCAGCUGGUGGAUGAGACCAGCGGACGGCCGUACUUCUACAACCCGAUGUCUGGGGAGACGUCCUGGGAGCCUCCCGAGCCGCUGAGCCCGUAUCCCCCCCUGAUGGAGCCCAUGAGCGUGCACAGGUUUCAUGAGGACGGGCGGCCUCCUCUGCCUGAGGAAGAUUACCCGUCAGAGGAUUACCCAGCAGCUGAUCCACCGGAGGCCUAUGAGGAGCUCCAGGCCACCGGACCUCCGACGCUCCCUAAAGAGUUCACCCUGAGUCAUGUGACCCGGACCAUCAUCCCCCGGGCCAACCUGGACCGCAGCACGCCGGCGGGUUGGAACCUGACGGUGGAACCCGGAGGAACCUGGGUGUUCACCAGCGAGAACUCCCCAGAUCAGUGGAUCAAGUCUGUGGAUGAUCGGGGGCAGACCUACUACUACCUGAGAGACGGCUCCAGGUCUCAGUGGAACCUGCCCGAGGUCCCUGUCGGUGCCGGUCAGUCCCGGGUGGAGAACGGCGUCGAGGCAGAAAACGUGUCGGUGAUCAAAAACUGGAGACACACCAUGGCACCGGUUCAGCUCGGCUCUGCCCAGGACGAAGGGAGGUUCGUCCCGACUCACCGGAGGAACACGUCAGACUACAGCAGCGACAGCUCCAGUACAGGAAACUCUCCGGAGAUGCAGCACAACGCUUUUGGGUUUAGACCUUGGAGAAAUCCGUAUUAUCUGACCUCCAGGUGGCUGCGCUAUAAUGUGCAGAACUUGGAAAAAGCUGGAAUUCUCAACAAAACAAAAGUGUCAGAGAACGGGAAGAAAGUAAGGAAAAACUGGAGCCAGACGUGGACGGUUCUCCACGGAGGUGUGCUGACGUUCCACAAAGACCCCAAAUCUGCAGCGCCGGGGGCCUCGAACAAGACCAAUCAGAUUGUUCCCGAGGUCACGGUGGAUCUGCGAGGAGCCACGAUCGGCUGGGCCUCCAAGGACAAAUCCAGCAAGAAGAACGUCUUAGAAUUGAAAGGAAGGAACGGUGUGGAGUUUCUGAUCCAGUACGAUACAGAAAGCAUCAUCAGCGACUGGCACAAAGUCUUAAUGGACACCAUACGACAACUUGAGUAUCAGGACGUUCACCAUCAUUCAGACGAGGAGGACGGAGAUUUGUACGAGAAGAUCGGAAACACGGAGCGAGACGAUAAGCUCGGAGGCGGAAUGGACAAACGCAGAUCCUCCAGGCCGAGCGUCACACACUCAUCCAGCUCUGCAGGAGAAACAGACCCCAAGAAGGUUCGAACCAAACUGAUGAAGUUCCUCAUGAAGCGUCCGACGCUGCAGUCUGUCAAAGAAAAAGGCUACAUCAGAGAGAAUGUGUUUGGUUGCCAUCUUGCCACGUUAUGCCAACAAGAGAGGACCACGGUUCCUCGCUUUGUGGAGAAAUGUGUUCGAGCAGUGGAGAAGAGAGGUUUAGACAUCGACGGCCUCUACAGAGUGAGUGGGAACCUCGCUGUCAUUCAGAAACUACGCUACAAGGCUGAUCACGAGGAGCUGGACCUGGAGGACGGUCAGUGGGAGGACGUCCACGUCAUCACCGGAGCCUUGAAGCUGUUCUUCCGAGAACUUCCCGAGCCGCUUUUCCCAUACAGCCACUUCAAUAAGUUCAUCUCUGCCAUCAGAAUUCCUGAUUACAACACAAAGCUGUCUUGCAUUUAUGAGCUGGUCAAGUCACUUCCGCCUCCAAACCAUGACACCAUGAAGCUCCUUUUUGGACAUUUACACAGGGUCAUUGAAUACGGAGAAGACAAUCGCAUGACGGUACAGAAUGUGGCCAUCGUGUUCGGCCCGACGCUGCUCCGUCCGGAGAUGGAGUCGUCCAACAUCGCCAUGCACAUGGUCUUCCAGAACCAGAUAGUGGAGUUCAUCCUCAACGAAUACGAGCGUAUCUUCCGCUCCAGCUGAAGCGGUGGCGAGCGAACCUGAGCAAACGUGCGCUCAAGUUGUUUUAAAGUGCCAGAUGUACGUUUUGCAUGCACAUCAUCAGCUUCAGUGCAACGAAUAAAAGCAAACCUGUAAAAUAAGAUAAAGGGGCCUUGAAGUUUAACCAGACUAGAUAAAGGAUCUUCAAAUGCUGAGGAUUUCUGCAGGAAGUUUAACCACAGUUUAGUCUGGAUUUCUCCAGAGGAGGCUCACACUGUUAGAAUUAUCUUUGGCAGUAUUGUAGGAUUGGAAGUGGAGCCACACAGGUGCAGACAGGUGUGGUUCGGUUUCCCUUCUCAAAGCUACUGAGCUUGUUUCUUGGGUGGCAGAAGGACUGUAUUAAAUUGCUCUCACUCCCUGAGACCUUAGCUGUCGAAAUCUCACAGGUCACUUUCUUCACAUUUUAUCGUUUUAUUUUGGUUUCUUUCUCUAAAUUCCUCCUUUAAUAGAAUCCAAGUCAAACCUGGGCGACUGCAUUAAUGCUCUUUUUAAGAAAUUAUCCACAGUUGCUUCUGUCUUUAUUUUAGAUUAAAUUUUUGUUUUGGAUUUAAAGUUACAGUAUAUCACAUGCGGCAAUAACUGAGAUUGUUUCUAAUAUUGUGUUUUCUUUUUUCAGCCUCACUUGAAUGCAUUGGAUUUCAUUGUAAUAUAGAGAUGUAUAAAAAAAUAAAUAUUAAUACCAACAUCUUGCUGUGAAGUAGAUGGUGACAUAGAAUACUUGUGCAACCUGUAGAUUAUUUUCCACUGAAUUGUAAAACACCAUUUUUCAAUCAUGCUGUACUUGAAGAAACUGUAUAAUAACAACAUUAUAGGAUAGAAUUAUAAACUAGCGAUACGUUUUUUUGACAGUUGCCAGUAAAAUCAGUCUGACCAUGACACAGAAAAAUGGAUAUUAGAAGAGAUAUAUGACCUGUAAAUAGAAAUAGAUGGCAUAUUUAUGCUGAAAGUUGGUGAAAAUGCACAAGUUAUUCCAUAAUAAAAUAACUUUGUAAAAAAAA